AUGCGUCAAAAGUCCCAGUGCACAAUUUUGGACAAGAUCUUUCCAAGAGUCUUGAUAGUAAGCAGUAACUGUUAUUUUUGUGGUACAUCUAUCAUAAUCUCUCCAUUAGGGGGCUCUGUGGAAGAGUAUGGAAAACUUUAUGAGGGCCAUGCAGUCUAUAUCCUGGGCAAAGUUACUUCUGCUGUGGAGUUUAUGCACUCUCGAAGAUUGCUGCACCGUGAUAUUAAAGGCGGAAAUGUUCUUUUAGAUGCCACAGGAGAGAAGGUGAAGCUUGCAGACUUUGGAACAACAAUCUGGUGUGAUGGCUAUCAACAGGACAAUUCCCCAAGAGGUACAGAAGCCUUCAUGGCCCCAGAGGUCUGUCGCAGUGAACAGCACUCAUUCAGUGCAGAUAUUUGGGAAUUGAUGUGCUUACUUUAUCAAAUGUUGGUGGGUAAACCUCCCUGGAUGGAGUUCUCUUGUGGCUCUUUGCUGUUCAAGAUUGGGACAGCAUCUCAGCCUCCACAAUCUCCUCCAUGCAGCCCUGAAGUUGAGGAUUUUUUCAACCAAGGUUUUGUUCUUGAACCAUCAGAGAGAGCUACAGCUGCAGAACUUCUACAGCAUCCAGUGUUUGUGACAGCGCCAUGUGUCUCAAACAUUCCACUCCCCUCUCGAGAGGAUAUUUGGCUUGACGAAGAUGGUAGCUUCAGCUCUGAGAUAACUGACAGUGAUAUGGAAUCCCUAGUGUCAGAACAGUCUUCAGAUGCCUUGUCAACUGACUGUGAGGCAGGAAAUUGCAAUGAUGAUCAGGAGGAGGAGAUGGACAAUGAUGAUGAUGAUGAUGACGUUGACAACAACAGUGACAGCGAAGCCCGUGAUGGCUAUGAUGACAGUAGCAGGGACAUCCAGGAGCCAGAUCUACUUGGGGUUGAAGCUGCCAUGUUUAUAGGGGGGCCAUGGCAAGGCCUAGACCUGUCUGCAGAAGAGCAACUGCAGUCAUUGCAAAGUGAGCUAUUUCUCAGCCUUGAAGGUCAGGACUUGGACAGAGUUUUGAACGAAAUUGAGGAAAACGCUGAUGUUAAUGACAAUGACAUCAACCUUCUGAAAGGCGAAGAUUUCAAUGUUGGCCAGUUCAUAGGUCAGCUACUUGGUGAUGCAGACAUGUCUAGCACCCAGCCCCUUUCAGGAGCCUUUGCUACCCCAGAAUGGUUGUACUCCAUAACAGAUCUUACGAAGCUUCACAUAAAGGACAGCGAAGGGAAUUUGGUUUUUACCAUCCGAGAAAGACCAAGUACAUCCUACGGCAACCUGGGAAGAGAGCAUCAUGGCAAUAUUGCGUCUGUGCUAAACCUCGAUGCGUUCACCUUAACUCGUGAAGAUGGAACGCCGUUGAAUGUUCGCGCAGAGAUUGGUUUCGAAGAGCAAGCAGUCAGAGUUGUCCGUGCGCAUGACACUGACAACUGGCAGCCUUACCGCUGGAGGGUGGACGUUUAUGGACGCGUGGAGCAGUUUUUCGAGAUUUAACUCUGAGUCAGAUGUACCACCAGGAACUACCUGGGCGCUUUCACUAAAGAGCGUGAUGCGCAAGAAGGUUCCUUGCAAUGCGAGGUCAUACAUUUGCACACUUAGGAUUGAUUAUGCUGAUUGGUGUGCGUUACUUGUUUUUCGGUGUUGAAGUACAGGAAUUCAUUGCGGUAGCGAGAGUGUCUUAGGUUAUUAAUGUCUAUUAUAGCUUAGUUUUAAAGUACAAUAAGGCCUGUUUGAAGUUUAAAAUAUUUUUCACCAUAGCUAUGUAUUGUAGGUUAUAAUAUAAACUAGAAGUUUAACAGUUUAAAAUGAUAGUCUAGUUUUAUAAGAGUAUGUGAAACAUACACUAUUUUUAACUUAAAGUAACGUAUAAAAUGAGUGCUUGUAAAACGAGUUCUUAGAAUGUAUGUAAGUUUUGUAGGUUUAGAGGGGCAAAAAUAGAACGAAAACAAGAAUUGGUGAAAGAACGAACUCUCGCUCCAGUUUGACCGCUAACUAACGCGCGCUCCGGUUUGACAAGGACUUCAUUACGGCUCUCGCGCAGUCGCAGCUCGUUUAACCAGGCGCUGAAAUAUAAGUUUGUAGAAGUGUACCUCUCGUGGGUCCGUUAUUUUUAUCGACUCUCGUUCUUGUUCUAUUUGGCCUUAGAACGGUAACCGAAGGUUACUUUCGUAUUAACUAUAAGAGUGAAACUCGAAAUGUCACCUGAUUAUUAAUUCGCCUGCAUAUGAAAUGCUACUAAAAAGGAGUAGUUGAUUCUUUUUUCAUGUAACGUAUAGUUAGUACUUGAUUCAUAAAAUAAUGUAAAGGAUCAUUAAACAUAAGGUUGAAACAUC